AUGGUUGACUACAACGUAAACGGAAAGGUGGCUGUUGUCACCGGUGGUACCCGUGGUUUGGGAUUGUACUGUGCAGAAGCCUUCGUCUUGAACGGAGCCUCUGUGGUUGCAAUCACUUCAAGAAAAGCUGAUGCCUGUGCCCAAUCCAAAAAAUACUUGGAAGAUGUUGCUGCUAAGAAUGGCAAGAAGGUCAAGAUCAUAUCUAUUCCAGCUGAUCUCACAGUAGAAGCUGAGGCCAAGAAGUUUUUCGAUGACGUAGCUUCUCAAGUUGACAGGGUCGACAUUGUCAUUGCCAACGCCGGAGCCUCCUGGGGAGCUCCAUUGGAUACCCAUCCUAUUUCUGCCAUCAAGAAGGUGUUGAACUUGAAUGUUGUGGCUGUUUUCCAUACCAUCCAGUUGUUUGCUCCAUUGUUGGAGAAGUCUGGUACUGCCGAAGAUCCAUCGAGAAUACUUAUCAUGUCUUCCGUUGCUUCCUUAGCAGCCAACGACCCUGUAGGUACUUACGGCUAUUUGGCAUCUAAGGCUGGUGUUUCUCACUUGGGUAAGAACUUGGCCGUGCAAUUGGGCCCAAAAAACAUCACAGUCAACUCGUUGGCUCCUGGUUUCUUCCCUUCCAAGAUGUCUGCUGGCUUAUUAGAGGCCGCAGGCUCAAUUAUGGUCGAUACUAACCCAAGAGGCAGAUUGGGUGUCAAGGAAGAUAUCCAGAACGCUACCUUGUUCUUGUGUGCUAAGCAAUCUGGCUACAUUAACGGUAUUGUGUUGCCCAUCGACGGUGGUGCUCACUUGAACAACCCAAGUUCUAAAUUCUAG